GCCCCAGAGCUCACUCGGAGCGCCGGCCCGUCCACUAGCUGCGUGACCCGGGACGAGUCCAGCCCCGUCCCGAGGGCCGGUCUCCAGCCCCCGGGCCACACGUCGGUCCCCAGGCCCGCGGGGGUGGGGGGCCCCGGGCGGCGCGCGCGGCGGGGCGCUAACCGGCGGGGGCGCGCGCCCCUACCCGCCGGCCCGCGCCGCCUCCGCACCCCGCCCGGCCCGGGGCGGCCGCGCACCCGGAAGUCGCCGGCGCCGCCCCCGCCGGCCGGCCGCCGAGAGCACUGUCCCUGCCGCCCGGGAUGGGGCCGCAGCGCUGGCUGCCGCUGUUCGGGCAGCUGCUGCUGCUGCUGCAGCCGCCGGGGUCCCAGGCCGACGGCCCCAUCCAGGUCUUCGUGGUGCCCCACAGCCACAUGGACGUGGGCUGGGUCUACACGGUCCAGGAGAGCAUGCUGGCCUACGCUGCCAACGUCUACACCUCGGUGGUGGCGGAGCUGAUCCGCAGGCCGCAGCGCCGCUUCAUCGCAGUGGAGCAGGAGUUCUUCCGGCUGUGGUGGGACAGCAUCGCCUCUGAGGAGCAGAAGCGCCAGGUCCACCAGCUCCUCAACACAGGACGCCUGGAGUUUGUCCUUGGAGGCCAGGUCAUGCAUGAUGAGGCCGUGACCCACCUUGAUGACCAGAUCCUACAGCUCACAGAAGGACACGGGUUUCUCUACGAAACCUUCGGGAUUCGGCCGCAGUUCUCCUGGCACGUCGACCCGUUCGGCGCCUCGGCCACCACCCCCACCCUGUUUGCCCUGGCGGGCUUCAACGCCCACCUCAUCUCCCGGAUCGACUACGACCUGAAGGACGCCAUGCAGGAGGCCCAGGGGCUGCAGUUUGUGUGGCGAGGGUCCAAGAGCCUCUCGGCGCAGCAGCAGAUCUUCACGCACAUCAUGGACCAGUUCGGCUACUGCACGCCCUCGCACCUCUCCUUCUCCAGCAGGUCCGGGUUUUACUGGAAUGGCGUGGCUGUCUUUCCAGAGCCACCUCCCGACGGGGUGUAUCCCAACAUGAGCGAGCCUGUCACCCCAGCCAACAUUGACCUCUACGCCAAGGAGCUGGUGGCCAACGUGAAGCAGCGGGCCGCCUGGUUCCGGACACCCUACGUCCUCUGGCCCUGGGGAUGCGACAAGCAGUUCUUCAACGCCUCGGUGCAGUUCUCCAACAUGGACCCGCUGCUGGACCACAUCAACAGCCUGUCCCAGGAGCUGGGCGUCUCGGUGCAGUACGCCACGCUGAGCGACUACUUCCGCACGCUGCACGCCCUCAACAUCUCCUGGCCGGUCUACAACCACCAUGACUUCCUGCCCUAUUCCUCAGAGCCAUCUGCGACCUGGACGGGCUUCUACACCUCGCGCAGCGUGCUCAAGGGGAUGGCCCGGCGCGCCAGUGCCUUGUUGUAUGCCGGGGAGUCCAUGUUCACGCGCUACCUGUGGCCAGUGCCCCACGGGACUCUGGACCCUGCCUGGGCCCUGCAGCAGCUCCAGCAGCUCCGCUGGGCCGUCUCGGAGGUCCAGCACCACGAUGCCAUCACCGGAACAGAGUCCCCCAAGGUGAGGGACAUGUACAUGGAGCACCUGGCCGCGGGGAUGCUGGGAGUGCGCAAGCUGAUGUCCUCUAUUGCCCUGGACAGGCUCCAGCUCACAGUGGUAGCCCGGGCCGCUGACACAGAGCACCCAGAGAUGUGGAGUGAGCCAGGGGGCAGCCCGAGGCCUGCUGGGUACUCCGCCUCAGUGUACAACCCCCUGGCCUGGACCGUCACCACCAUCAUCACCCUGACUGUCCACUACCCCAGAGUCAGCAUCACAGACGAAAUGGGCCGCCCGGUGCCCGCACAGAUCCAGAACUCGACAAAGGACCUCUCUGCGUAUGACCUGCUUAUUCUGAGCAUCAUCCCGGGACUCAGCUACCGGCACUACAGGGUCAUGCCCACUUUAGAGGCCCAGGAGGCCACCACCAUGACCAGCACGCUCCGGUUUAAGCGCAAGCUGAGGAGACACAGCAGCCCACAGAGAAGGCGCCUGGUGUCCGUGGUGAACGACUGCUAUGCUGUGCUGUUCGACCAGGACACCAACCUGAUGCACAGCAUCUGGGAGAGACAAAGCAACCGGACGGUGCACAUGACCCAGGAGUUUCUGGAGUACCACGUCAACGGCGACGUGAAGCGGGGCCCCAUCUCUGACAACUACCUGUUCACUGCCAACAAGACCGCAGUGCCCGCCUGGAAAGCCGUGGAGAUGGAGAUCGUGAGGGGCAAGCUGACGACUGAGAUCCGGCAGUACUUCUACAGGAGCGCCGCCGCCCGGGCUCACACCUUCGAGAUCCACUCCCGCCUCGUCCAUGUGCCUCCGGGCCCGGACAGAGAGCUGCUCUGUCACCGGAUAGAGCAGCAGUACCGAGUGGGCCCCCUGGAGCUGAAUCGAGAGGCCAUCCUGAGGACCAGCAGUGACAUAAAUAACCAGAAACUCCUCUAUUCAGACAACAAUGGCUACCAGAUGCAGCGGAGGCCCCACCAGGCCUUUGUGAACAACAUCAUCGCCCGGAAUUACUUCCCCAUGGUGCAGUCGGCCUUCAUCGAGGACAGCAAAAGCAGGCUUGUGCUGCUGUCGGACCGCGCACACGGCAUCUCCAGCCAGGGCAACGGGCAGGUGGAGGUCAUGCUCCAUCGGCGGCUGUGGAACAACCUGGCCUGGAACCUGAACUACAACCUCACGCUGAACGACACCUCGAUUGUCUACCCAGUGCUCUGGCUCCUGCUGGGGCCCCACUCAGUCACCACUGCGCUGCGCCCGAGGAUUGCACUGGCCCUGCAGCACAGGCCCGUCGUGCUGGUCAGAGAGCUGGCCAACAGAGGGGUGCCCAUUCCUAGAUCUGCCCCAAAGCUCCCAGGACCCCUGGAGCAGGAGGCUGUGACACUGCCCCCAAACCUGCACCUGCAGAUCCUGAGCAUCCCUGGCUGGAACUACAGCACAGUCCACGCCAGGCACAUGCACAACCUUCAGAAAGGCCACCAAAGGGAGGCCCAAGCAGACCUGCAUCGUGUCCUGCUGCGGCUACACCACCUGUAUGAGGUGGGGGAGGACCCGGCCCUGUCUCGGCCAGUGACUGUGGAUCUGGAGGCCAUACUGAGGGGGCUGGGGCCCGUGGUAGUGGUCAAGGAGCGCUCACUCACAGGGACCUGGGAUGCACAUUCGCUGCAGCGCUGGAGAUGGAGGACGAAGACUGGCCACCAGAGAGGCCCUUUCACCUCUCCCUCAAGACUGAAAAAAGGCUCCACCGUCACUGUCCACCCCAAGGAGAUCCGCACGUUCUUCAUCGAUUUUCAGCAGCAGUGAGGUAGAUAGAUGGCCCUGGUUGCAGGACGGCCCAGCCCGGACUUCCUGUGAUGGAGCCGGCCCACAGAAGAGCGGUGACCAGGGCCUGGGGUCGGGGAAUGAGCUGUGAGCCCACAGGCUGGUGGCAGAAAAUGGUCCCAUCUGGGAUUUUCUCUCUUAUUUUUUUUAAUAAAAUUUUUAUUACAAAGUC